AUGGCCUCUCUGCAUUUUUCUGCUCAGUUAGUUCCACUGCUUCAUCGUCCCUGCUCCGCACGUCACAAGUCUCCACUUUCCUUAACUUUUGGGAAAAAUUCCCCGGCGACCCAUCUCUAUUUCAGGUUUAGGAAUGAAUGCAGACUUCAAGUGAGACCAAGGCUAUAUCAUGUAUUUGCCUCAAACGCUAAUCCUUCAGAAGGAUCAAAUGAAACUAAAAGCGCAGAUGCUGCCCAAGGUCCUCCCCUCCUUACCAUUGUGGCUGGUUUUUUAGUCCUUGCAUUCUUAUGUUGGAUCAUUGGAUCCAUAGUAAUGUGGAUUAUCGGCUUAAUUGUCUAUCCACCUCCUUUAAAGUGA